CAAUUGUCAAACUGCGAACGUCAAAUUGACAAGCAAACAAUUUGGGGUGUUGCGAGUGUAGGUUUGUUCCGUUUCGAUUGGGGUCUAAUUCAAUUUGCUGAGAAAAUGUUAUUGAUCGACGCUAAUAAUUGGUAGUUAAGUUUAUUCGGGUAUAAUGAAUCUGCACCAGAUAGUGAGUGGGGCUUGCAACGGGGGCGACAAGUGUUUCGCAGUCGGAAGCGUCGAAGGCGUCCCCUUCACGGCCUACGCCGCGGGUUGCAACAUUGUCAUUUUGGCGUCGACGUUCGAAAGGGUGCAGAUAAUACCUGGUGCUGUUCAUGACUACAUCAGGAUCAGCUCCAUCGAUUGCUCCAGUGAUACUGGCAAGAUUGCAGCUGCCUACGAUAACACAGUCUGCAUAUAUGAACCGACACCAUUGAUCCACAAUAAUUCCACUCAUGGUUUGGAUUAUCGCUGGGUGCAAACUGGCACAUUGAAAACUGAGUCUCCUGUGAGGGCUCUGAGUUGGAAUUUAGAAGGCACACGUUUGCUGACAGCUGGAGCAAUUGUUCAAUUGUGGCAUUUGAAAUCUGAGUCCAUUGAAGAGUCUGAACCAGUGACGUUUACUUUGGGCGAAGGGAACGCGGAUGGAGAUCAAGAUGACCAUGAGAAACCUCAAGAGCAGGAACCAGAGCAAGAACAGGAGCAAACUUGCUGGCAAUGUGUUUGGAAAGCGAACACGGCUACGCCCGUUCAACAUUUGGCGUUCAGCCCUGAUGGAACUUUAUUCGCGACGUCCGGAGAGAACGAUCGUUUAGUGAAAAUUUGGUAUGAGAAUAAGCAUUUUCUGUUCACUUCCAAAAGUGUAGAAGGGGCACCCGUCGAUCUGGAAUAUGGAUUCGUAUACAUUGCGCAUCCGAGGGCCGUCACCCACAUCUCGUGGAGGACCACCAGCAAGUACAUGCCGAAGGGAUCUGUAUCCAAUAUGCUGGUAACAUCGUGCAAGGAUAACAUAUGUCGCUUAUGGGUCGAGACGGUAUUACCAGAAGACGGAUUGGUCAAUUUGUCGCAACUAGAUCCGCAGGCGAACCACCCGAAGUUCCGAACGCACAGACAUAAACAUCGUUUCAUGCAACGUCUGAAGCACAUGAAGACAUGUUUCCACAUUAGGAGGCAUGCCAAGCAUCAAGCGCAAGGGCUCGGAGGUGCAUCCGCCCCAAUACCCACGCUUCCAUCCACAUACAGCGUCCACGAUUUCCAUUCGUACGGUUACCAUGGUACGGGUGUAACUCCUGGGUUGCAUUUCCAUCUGGCUGCCUCUGUGAAUGCAGAAACUGAUAUACCUCUGGUACCGAGCAUAUCCUUCUGCAAUCCGCGACCGGCGUUCGUUCUUCAUUGGUUAGAUAACAAGGAGAUGCAUUUCAGCAUGCAGGCCGAAUCGCUUCUCGAAGAGUUGACUAGACGAGUCGUGGAGAAUCCGGAUUAUGAAGAGAGCGGUAAUGAGGAGUCCUCUUCUGGACCCGACGGACUGGACGCGAAAAUCGAAACGUUGCUUCGCGAUUGGCACCACAGUCCAGAUCUCCUGUUCAGUAUUCACCCGGUCGAUGGAAGUUUCUUGAUCUGGGUUGUGGAAUGGCUGGAUGAGUUCCAUCCGGGUUCGUUCAGGCAGGCGCAAGUUUCGUUCUCUACACGUAUACCUGCAGCAUUCCCAUUAGGAGACUCGCUUAGUAUGUCCACGACGGUCAGUCUCUACAGCACGGCUAACAGUAUUAAGCAUUUGGUCAAGGACGUAGUCAAUAACGCCGCUGCGAAUAACUUGACCAUAGUGAAGGAAGAAGAUGAGAAUGCCUCGACGGCAGAGGCACAAACUACGAGUGUCACCGAAGAACCCAAGGAUCCUUCGCCUCUAGUCUCUUUGGUCACAAAGCACGAUAAUGGAACGUUGAAUUUGUGGCAACUCACGUUUGCGGACAAGAGCAAGUUCAGCCAGGUUCUCAGCAUUGGUCACAAGUCGCGUGCUUCCGGUCAUCGAUUCCGCGUCAACGAUAUCACCUGCCAUCCGGUGCUGCCCCUGCUUCUCACCACGAGCCAUCACAACAUUGUGGAACAGAACCAGACGAAACACAAUUCAGGUUUCUGUAGUGAACUGAUUCUAUGGCGCGUGGAUGCAGUUGGUCCACUAUCAAAAUCAGGUGGAAUUUGCGAGUUGGCGAGGAUAAGUUCGCCCGAACCAUCAGCGUUCAGCAACGUGGCAUGGAUCCCAACCUUAUUACCAUCAUCAACUUUAGGCAAUCAAUCGAAUUCACCAAGCGCGUGCUUCGUGGCCUCAGAUGGUCACUGCCUCCGAGUGUAUCAAGCUGUCAUUGAUGCGCGUACUUUACUUGCCGACAUUUCGUUCAAGGAGAGUCGCAUGGCCGACUCCACUGAAAGCAUGUCGAUGUCCGAUCAAAGUACAUUCAACGAUGAAAGUCUCUUGGAAAAGAUUAACAUCGUUUCACAGCAGAGCACCUCUCGUCCGGGCUGUAUAAUACAGCUAGAAACCAUUUCGGAAGCAGUCCGAUACCAAAACACAACGUUCCUGCACGUUUAUCAGGAGCAAUUGAUAACUGGUGAAAGGAGUUCAACGAUCAAUAUGUCCGGGCACGACGCGAUGGUUGAUUUGCAGCAGAACAUUGUUUUCGAGCAACCGUUUUACAUCGUUCUGUUGGAUUGUACCGAUCAAUACACGAUAAUACACAUGUGGAAACUGACCAUAGCCUCGAACGAAAGUGAUUUGAACUUGUCGGGAAGUCAGAUGUACGUUCCCGAUUGUAAUUUGGUGCAGGAUGAAAACGAUUUGUCCAGGAAGAACAGUAUGGAAUCUCUGCACGAAAAACAGGCUAAAGUUAGUCCACACAUUACCAUAACAACCAGCAGAGAAAUCAAGCAAGUUUUGCCGUUGCCGGAUGGCGUCGAGAUAGUUCAUGCUUCCCCAGCUGCAGGACAUUUAAGCUCCGCUUCUAUCUACCCAGCGUGUUUGGCGCCGUACUGCUUUGCAACCGCCUGCAGCGAUGGCAUGAUUCGUUUCUGGACUGUAUCGAAUGAAGCGAAUACAGUCAAGCAAUCUAAGCACUUAUUACUGGAAGAAGAUGGUCAGGUUGUAAACACAGGAAAGGUAUGGACCGAAUGGAUCAUGAUCAAAGAAUCGGCGAUUGAGAUCGAAGGACAAAUAUUGAAUAUAAGUGUGGCGUAUUCGGGAAGGUUGGCCGUUGCCUACAAGUAUGGACGCAGCUUUACGCGUCCUAAUAAAGAUCAUGACCACGAUUCGCGUUACAUUAACUUAUGUGUAGCAAUUUACGAGUGCGAAUCGACCGGCGGAUCAGAGUGGAUCCUCGAAGACAUAAUUCAUCUGAAGAAUAUACAUUUACCAAGGAUUUCCAUCGAUCGUCACCUAGAUUUAAGCUAUCUGUAUGAUUCGAAAACGCUUAAGAAGAAGCAGCGUCUAAACGAAGUGCUGCACACUUUCUCCAAUGACGAGAGACAGAAUGAAUCGAGCAUUAAACCAACGUUGUUGGCAGUGCCAAGCUUCAGCACUCUUCAAAGUCUGAGGAAGUCUAUUUCUGAAAUGGGUAACAUCUGUCCAUUGACUCAGAAACACAUAGUUCAAUUGGAUUGGGUCUCUAACGAGGAUGGGUCUCACAUUUUAACUGUAGCAUGCGGCAGCAAGAUUAUGCUGUACACACCACUAUCUACAGACUUGGCUCAGGCUAAUGUUAAAGCUAUGAAGGAAUCUAUGACUAAUAAUAGACCGAUCCUGAGAAAAGCCAGUUCGUUGGCGCAACCGCUGUUCGUAGAUGAUUUCAAAUGGAUGACGUUGAGAAAGAUCGAACUGGAGACAGCCGAUGGAUUGCCGGCCUUGCCCAUGCAAAUCAGUUGGGUGAGAGACGGUAUUUUAGUGGUUGGAAUGGAUUCGGAGAUGCACGUUUACACUCAAUGGAAACCCCAGAAUCCCGCUCUUCAAUCUUACGACACCAUGGAUGAUGCGAGGGGUGCUAGAGACGUUGAUUUCAGAACAUUAACUCAAGAGAACCAGCGCAAAUUGGCUGCCAUACCGACCCUGGGUCGUAUAAGUUCCGUAAACUUACAAAUUCUGGAUAGGAAACGUGUUAAUAAUAAAGAAACUAAUUUGGAUUAUAUGCCCGAUUACGGGUUAUUCGAGGCGUCGCGCAUCGCCUGCCCUGUAUUGCCUCAGUACCAUCCCAAACAGUUGAUGGAGUUACUGAAUUCAGGGAAAAUUCGUUGGGUCAAAGCCAUCCUUUCGCAUUUGGUCAAGUGCAUCGGCGGGAAUUUCGAAUGUGCAGAAGAAGUUCAGGGCUGGGCUCGAGCUCGCACCUUGUCCGUUAGUUAUCCGGCUGGAUCACCCGAACACCGAGCGAGCAUCAGUGAAAUUACCUUAGAUUACGACGAAAUUAAAAAUAUUCCUCCGCUACCGCUUUGGACUCUAUUGGCAGCCGACAAAGAGAGACCAGUGACCCAGGAAGAGAAGAAGGAUUACAAUGAAUUAUUCGAUAAUAACAUUGGAAUGGAUGAGUCCCUAGACACACUUCUGGAUGAUCAACCUAGGUUGGAGAGACGUCCAUCUGAGAGAAACCUUGGUAUCGCUCACUUUACGCCGAAGCAAGGCCGCAUCUUGUCUAGGUUGUUGACCCACACCCAUUUGCCGGGUCUCUCGAGUUUAGAUCAAAUGCACUUACUGGCAUUAGCCGAUACAGUUUCCACCUGUAAUACCGAUUUGGCGGAGAGGUUCGCAAUAGACGCAGCGAAAUCCGCUAUGGCCAAAGAGAACCUUGUUGGCCAAUCUGAUGAUGUAAUCACCGAUUCGCUUGAUGAUUGCGGAUUAAGAUUUUUGCUAGCUAUGAAACAUUACGGAUAUCUAUUGAGGUGUCUUCCGCUGGCACAAAGAGCGCACUUCCAAAAGCAAGGAGUCGGCACUAAUAAUCUAGCAUGGGCGUAUCACUCCGAAAGUCAAGAGGAAUUACUCAAUCUAAUCCCGAGCUAUGCGAAGGGCGAACCAACCUGGCCGCUGCUGAGGGAACUGGGCGUGGCCUGGUGGAUUCGUAGACACGCCUUACUGAAGCAGUGCGUUGUGAUAUUGGCGAAAGCCGCGUAUUCCUCCAAGCAAGAUCCAAUGGAUGCUGCAAUUUACUACGUCGCCAUGAACAAGAAGAACUUGCUGUGGGGUCUGUACCGUUCUAAACGCGACGAUAGGAUGACUGCCUUCUUCGCCAAUAAUUUCUCAGAAGAACGUUGGAGGAAGGCCGCAUUGAAAAAUGCUUAUGCUCUGUUGGGUAAACAGCGCUUCGAACACGCCGCAGCCUUCUUUUUACUGGCCGGAAGCUUGAACGAUGCCGUUGAGAUUUGCUUACAUAAAUUGAACGAUCUGCAAUUGGCAAUCAUCAUAAUUCGUUUAUACGAGGGAGAUGGUGAAACGCUGAAGAAGUUACUUUACGAGAAGAUACUGGGAUGCGAUCCUACUGGAAACAACCAGGAUAUAACCAAAGCACAUCCGGAUCCAUUCCUGCGAUCGAUGGCACUGUGGACUCUGAAAGAGCAACAAUCUGCGUUGAGUACGUUGCUGAUCGGAAAUGCGGGAUCACACCACGAAACCAACGAGGAAGAUGCCCGGGAGAGUCGCGAAGCAGAUCCAAACGUCUUCAAUUUCUACGUGUAUCUUCGGACGCAUCCUCUGCUGAUCCGUCAGCAUGUCGCAAAUUCAGGCAAAAGGAAGGUGUGGCUUCCAGGAGGUAAACAGGUUAUUGUUGAAGAGUCCAUUACGCCAUUGGAAAGGCAGUUGUAUUUCACUACUGCUCAUGGCCACUUCCGCGCUGGAUGUCCGGCAUUGGCCCUCGAAGUACUUUCGAAAUUGCCUUACGUCGUUGCUGAUCCAACCAAGCAGGCUGCAGCCACAACAAAUCAUGUUGCCAAAGAAUCUGAUUCUCAGAUUAACACUGGAAUUAUUUCAUGGGAAACGGCGCCGCAAAAGGCCGAAGAUCUAGACUGGGGCGCGCCAUCAUCUGUACAAUCGGAUGAAUUGGUUUUGAAAUGGGACGAUGAUGAAGAGGAAGACUCCGAUGGUUCUGAUGGAGGUCUGAAAAUGGGCGGCAAGAAGGAAGUUGAUGAAGAUGUAGACGAAGACGAGGAAAAAUCGAAAUCUGCUGGUGAACAAAUUGAUAUAAUGGCGCAACAACUUAAGUUCGUUGCAUGCCUUAAGAUUUUAAUGGAGGAGUUGUCCACGUUGGCAACCGGCUUCGAAGUGGACGGAGGGCAACUCAGAUAUCACCUGUACAUAUGGUUGGAGAAGGAAGUUGAAGCUCUGAGAGAGUUGUGCAACUACACGUCUUCAGAUUUGACCGAUUCAAAUGACCUCGAGCAGCCGCCCGACAACGACAAUCCCUUGGAUUCGAAUCGCACUGAACGACCGACCUUGCACGAGAUUCUGGUGCAGGAAAAGCUCGACUUCGAGGCUAAAGUUCAUAGGGCAGCAAAGAGAAAACGAUGGCUAAGGGCCAACGAAACGUUGCUAAGAACGCUGCUGAGUUAUUGUUCUCUGCACGGCGCUACUGGUGGUCUGGCGUCCGUUCGUAUGGAACUUGUUCUUCUAUUGCAAGAACUGCAGCAGGAGAAAACUCAUCAGCAACUUCUCAGCCCGUUGCCGUUCCCUACUAGUUUACCUCUUUUGGCUGCAAGCGUUGCGAGCAGCAAGACCGUAAUUGCUGAUCCUAUUAGAUAUUUACAGUGUUUAACGCACGACAUGCUCCAGAGUAUGGUGGAACUACCACAACCGGAGACCAAUCAGAGCCAACUGCUGGUGUUGCGUGAUUUAGCUGUAGCUCUGUCCGCUUGUAUUUACCAAUCGUUGUGCGAUUCAGAUACAUUCAAGAGCAAUCUACAAGAUACCUUGGAUAAUUGCUCGAGUCAUUUGGUCGGUAGAAGACGCCGCAUGUCGAUUAACGAAAGCCAGCAAAUUAUUACCACUCCAUCGAAAUGGCCUGGAGUACCGUCGCUUAGGGCGUUGUUGGCUAGAGAAAAAGACGAGGACACGCCCAGAUUAACUGUCGUAUUGUGCGAAUCUUUCGUGGCGACUUACCUGGCUCUCCUUCUGUAUGGUCUGGCUAGCUGUGACUGCAUAAUCUUGCAUCACGUCGCAGGACAUACUUUCACCACAAAGACAUGGGGAAUGUUGUUUGGAGGCGGGAUCAAGAAGUUACUGAGAACAGCGAGCAUAGGGGGCGGAUCAGCGGCACAAACGAUCGGCACUCCCACAGAGGAAUCUGGUAACACUGUGACGUGGCUGAAUAAGCAACGCGCUAAACUGAACAACAAACUUUUGGGUCACCAACCCUCGAUCAUGAAGGAAGACAAGCCAACAUACCGUGAGCAGUUUGUCGCUCCCGAGAUGAGCAUGCUGGCUUAUCUGCUCACGAAUGUACCCAACUGUCAUGUUGAUUUCGAUGAUGUCUCUUCGGAUUCCGAGAGUGAGGAAGAGGACGUCUUCGAUGGUCCCGCACCCGGAGCAUCCACGCGUACCGCCAAUACCGAACAUUCCGAUCCUAACUCGUACUCUUGGCUCGUGCUAAAAUUAGCCGUUUUGCGGAUCGUUCAACAACGUCUUCAAGACUUCCUAGGCGUGGCUGGUUUGGAGACUCCCGAAUUACCCGUUGCUAGUCCUUUAAUUCACAGCGGUCUCCGGAGACUCAACCAUUGGCAGGAAUGCUUGAAGAAUGAGUUGGAUAGCAGACAAUCUCCGCCUGAGUACAUACCCGGAUGUUUCGUGGAAAACACUACGGGACCGCCGAUACAGAAAUACAGGCAAUUGCUAGAGCCGCACAAUACUCCGUUCACGAACAAGAGCGGAGCUGGCGCGGCCCGUCGUCUUUGGAACUAUCUGGUUCAUCAAGAAUCCGUCCAGGACGUCUUCAUUCGGGCGGUGUUCGGCAAGAGGAGAUCUCUUAGCGCUUUAGAUGAGGUGCUUCCGCAUCCGGAGCCGAUGGCUCCGGAACCUGUUAGAAUCAUCCACAAGGAGCAGGAUUCCAUAGCGGCGUUCACAUUGAAUCAGGUCAAUCAAGGUCUGAUCGUUGUCGCGACGCCACGCGAAUUACAGGAGAUGGACAUUUCGCUGCUACUGGAGUUACCCGCUUGGUUGGAGGAUGAGUGCGAGCUGGACAUACUCAACCUGAAUAAAGAUCAACUGGACAGCAGCGUCCCAACGUUCUUGGUCAUCCAGAGUGCCGGCGAUAAGAACAAGGAUACGCAACCUAGCAGCCCUCAGCCUGGGUUGGCCGGACAGAGCGGACGCGGUGCGAGCGUGAUUAAGGGCGUCAGCUUCCCGGGCUGCCACGACGCCGGAUUCGUCCGUAUGGUAUUACUCCGUUCAGCCCACAUGCUACGGCCGGUGCUUAAACAUAAGAUAGAUGGAAUCCGGAGGAUAACGUCGCAUCCCUUGAUGCCACUUUAUCUGACCGGAUGCCAGGAUGGUUCCGUUCAAUUAUGGGAAUGGGGUCAUUCGCAGCCGGUGACGACGCCGCGACCUGCGGGCACCUAUGCUAAGGUCACUAGGGUGCGUUUCUCGCAACACGGAAACAAAUUUGGAGUCGCCGAUUCCGACGGAAACUUGAGUCUUUGGCAGGUCGGCCUCUCCGCAAACACCAAACGGCCUUUCUUCACGCACCAAUGUCACAACAAGGGGAUCACGGACUUCGUGUUUCUUAACUCUUGCAGUCUUCUAGCUACAGCUGGUCAUAGCUCGGAAAGCAAGAACGUGUGCAUAUGGGAUUCGAUCUUGCCGAAAGGAAAGUCUUUGGUGGUGGCGUUCACCUGCCACGAUCAAGGUGCCAGUAGCAUGGUCUACGCGCCGCAGCACCAGGUUCUGAUCUCGGCUGGAAAACGCGGAGACGUCUGUCUCAUCGACGUCAGAAUGAAGACUAUUCGACACCGCUUUGUGGCGCACGACAACGCUGUGAAAUGCGUGGCCAUUGAUCCGCACGAAGAGUAUUUCGCUACCGGAUCUGCGGAUGGUGACAUUAAGAUAUGGGGUGUUUCUGUUCCUACGGUACUGUUGUCUUUGCCUGCCGAACAUGCGAGGAGCAGCUUCUUCAAGAACAUUGGUCAGGGAGUGACGCAACUGCACAUUGAUUCCCAUGCCAGAUUGUUCUCAUGUGGUGCAGAUGGUAGCAUGAAAGUAAGGCAGCUACCCGAUCGGGAGAAUCUGUUAGCCACGUCGCACCAUUAAAUAAAUAAAAUAAAGAAAUAAAUAAAUGUGUUAUAUAAAUAUAUACAUACUUAUAUAUAU